AGUAGUAUAAAAAGGGAGCAGCACAGAAGCAAAACUUGUGUGAUUUACAAGUAACAAAACAAAACUAAUUUAAGAGUAUGAAGAAAGAAAGAAAAAGUUCUGGAGUGGAAGGAGGAGGAGAGCAGCUGCAGGGAGAUGAUUAUACACAAGAUGGGACUGUGGAUCUCAAAGGAAACCCUGUCCUUAGAUCUAAAAGAGGAGGAUGGACUGCUUGCUCCUUUGUUGUCGUGUAUGAGGUGUUUGAACGGAUGGCUUACUAUGGAAUCUCAAGCAAUCUUGUACUCUACUUGACAAGGAAGCUCCAUCAGGGCACGGUCAAGUCCUCCAACAAUGUCACUAAUUGGGUUGGGACUAUUUGGAUUACACCCAUUUUGGGUGCCUAUGUUGCAGACGCUCAUCUUGGCCGCUAUUGGACCUUCAUCGUCGCAUCCGUCAUCUAUCUCUCAGGGAUGUCUGUCCUAACACUAUCAGUCUCACUACCAGGACUAAAGCCGCCUCCUUGCCAUGACACCAAUUUGGAGAACUGUAAAAAGGCGUCGACCCUUCAGUUGGCGGUGUUUUACGGUGCGCUCUACACGCUUGCGGUGGGCACCGGCGGAACGAAGCCCAACAUUUCAACGAUCGGAGCAGACCAGUUUGAUGAUUUUGAGCCGAAGGAGAAGGCGCAUAAGCUAUCUUUCUUUAACUGGUGGAUGUUCAGUAUUUUCUUUGGGACACUUUUUGCUAACACAGUCCUUGUUUACAUACAAGACAAUGUGGGCUGGUCUUUGGGUUAUGGGCUUCCUACUCUUGGGCUUGCCAUAUCGAUUGCUAUUUUCUUGGCUGGUACUCCUUUUUAUAGGCACAGGGUGCCUGCAGGAAGCCCAUUUACAAGAAUGGGCAGAGUCAUAGUUGCUGCUAUAAGAAAAUGGAGGGUGCCAAUUCCUACUGACCCUAAACAACUCUAUGAACUUGACUUGGAAGUGUAUGCCAAUAAAGGGAAGUUCAGAAUUGAUUCCACAAACACUUUAAGGUUUCUUAACAAAGCUGCUGUGAAAACAAGCUCAAACAGUCCAUGGAUGCUAUGCUCAGUUACACAAGUAGAGGAAACAAAGCAAAUGUUAAGAAUGAUUCCAAUCUUGAUGGCAACAUUUGUUCCGAGCACGAUGGUUGCUCAGAUAAAUACACUUUUUGUGAAGCAAGGGACUACUCUUGAUCGAAGAAUUGGGAACUUCAUCAUCCCCCCUGCAAGUUUAAUUGCAUUUGUUACCAUAUCAUUGCUUAUCUCUGUUGUUCUAUAUGAUCGAUUCUUUGUCCCGUUCAUCCGAAGGUGGACGAAGAAUCCUAGAGGGAUCACUCUCCUUCAAAGAAUGGGGAUUGGUCUUGUUUUUCACAUCAUGAUCAUGACAGCUGCAUCUCUGAUUGAGAAUUACAGGCUUCGCGUGGCUAAAGAUCAUGGAUUAGUUGAAAAUGGAGGACAAGUUCCAUUGACAAUAUUCAUUUUGCUUCCUCAAUUUGUGCUUAUGGGAAUAGCUGAUGCAUUUCUAGAGGUGGCAAAGAUUGAGUUCUUCUACGACCAGGCCCCGGAAAGUAUGAAGAGUCUGGGGACAUCUUACUCAAGUACAAGUCUUGGACUUGGAAACUUCAUUAGUAGCUUCCUCCUUUCGACAGUUUCUCGCAUCACAAAGGAGCAUGGUCACCAUGGAUGGAUCUUAAACAAUCUGAAUGCUUCUCAUCUUGACUAUUACUAUGCAUUUUUCGCAAUAUUGAACUUCUUCAACUUGAUUUUCUUCUUGGUUGUGAUCAAGUUCUAUGUGUACAAAGCUGAAGUUUCGGAUUCAAUGGUGGUUCUUGCUGAAGAGUUGCAGGGGAUAAGAUUGCAGGGUAAUAUCCAAGAAGAGUCCAGGAUAUAAUCUAUGGUGUUCCCUUUGUUGACAGAUUAUACAGUUAUGCAAUCUAUGUCAUACAACUGAAUUUGGAUAUACAAUGUGUUCCCUCUCAAUUUCCUAUCUUGAAGUCAAUAUACAAUAAUGCACCAAAAAAUAUGCUCCCUUCA